CCCUACCCCUGCUGGGCAGGACCGGCAAACUGCCGGAAGGACAACUACGCCGAGCGGGUCGGGGCCGGCGCGCCGGUCUACCUGGCGGCCGUGCUGGAGUACCUGACGGCCGAGAUCCUGGAGCUGGCGGGCAACGCGGCGCGCGACAACAAGAAGACGCGCAUCAUCCCGCGCAAGAAGCCGCGCUUCCCCCCCCCCCCCCUGCAGCUGGCCAUCCGCAACGACGAGGAGCUCAACAAGCUGCUGGGCAAGGUGACGAUCGCGCAGGGCGGCGCCCUGCCCAACAUCCAGGCCUUAAUGGUGCACCACGACCCCACCCCUGCACCCCGCUGGGAGGCCCCCCUCGGCGCCGCGCGUCUCGGCAGCCACCAUCUUAGGGAGUCCGCCAGCGCCGGCGAGCGUGCGCGAACCGCAAAAGCAGCGCGCCAAUCGCACAGCGGGGCGGGAAUUUUAAAAAACACACCGAGAAGCCGGUUCCUGGAUCGCAAAGGCAGCUCAGCUCUUUUAACCGAGAUCUCUGGGUGGCUCUGAAAAGAGCCUUUGAGGUUUGAAAGCAGGACGGGCGGC